UCACACACUCAUCUACAUCAUGACCUUCACCAUCUUCUCCAUCACCUGCCUUGCCCUGGUGGCCUCUGCUCUGGGUUGUGGAGUGCCUGCGAUUAAACCACAGACAAUCGGCAGCAGGAUUGUGAACGGACAGAAUGCUAUCUCUGGUUCUUGGCCUUGGCAGGUUUCUCUUCAGCUCCCCAAUAGUUUCCACUUCUGCGGAGGAUCCCUGAUCAACCAGAACUGGGUUCUCACUGCUGCCCAAUGCGCUGUCCUGGUUGACUAUCAUAGUGUCAUUCUUGGAGAACAUAAUCGUGGCUCCGAUGCUGAACCCAUCCAGGUCAAACUAGUUUCCAAGGUCAUCACCCAUCCGCUCUACAGCAGGGCAACCUUCAACAAUGACAUUGCUCUGCUGAAACUGUCGUCUCCAGUCACAUUUACUCCCCGUAUCUCUCCUGUAUGUCUGGCUCCAUCAAACACCAGCAUCCUGCCUGGAACCCGCUGCUUCACCACUGGCUGGGGCCAGACUGCCAGCACAAUGAGCCCUGAGGUCCUGCAGCAAACAGGCGUACCCAUCAUUAGUCCUGCUGUGUGCAGGCAGAUCUGGGGUCAGAACAGAAUCACUGAUACCAUGAUCUGUGCUGGAGCCUCCGGUUCCUCAUCUUGCCAGGGUGAUUCUGGUGGUCCUCUGGUGUGUGAGAGUUCAGGGGUCUGGACUCUGGUGGGCUCUGUGUCCUGGGAAACAAGCACUUGUGACACCCGUUUUCCUGCAGUCUACGCCCGCAUCUCCCAACUGCGCUCCUGGAUCGACAUGACUAUUGCUUCCAACUAG